AUGUCCUCCCUCACAAGAUCAUCUUCAGUAUCCAAAUCUGGUCUCAUUUCCAGCAAUGGCAGUAGGACACCGAGUCAUGGACCUGUAGAUGGUGAUGCUCAAGCUCAAGCCUCGGAAUCAUCAAUAGAGCCUGAAUCCGAAGCUGGACCAUCGAGAUCCACACGGAGACCCAGUUCACAUCAUCCACACAUCCAUUCUCGAACAUCAUCUUCCUCUAAUCAUGCUGCUGCUGAACCCUCUGCCGCAUCAUCAUCAACAUCAUCACCAUCAUCACCUCGUCAUCAUCAACAUCAACAUCAACAACAACAACAACAACAACAUCAUCAUCAACAACAUCAUCGACCCGCUUCCCCAGAUACUGCUUUGACCCGACAACCUUCUCCUCCCAGACCACUUACCCCUCACUUGGACUUGGCAACAUUUCCAACCCCUACACUCCUACGUCUACUUGCUAAUCUUCUGCAACAGAUAGCUCUGGCCAACGAUCAGCUGAGACCAGACUUUGAGGACCUUCAGAGUAUAGAGGAAGAAGAUACAUUAGCUUCUCUCGCCUCCACUCCAGGGGGUAACAGCAGCGGAGGAGGAGGAGGAGGCGGAGGCGGCGGACCUGGAGGAGGAGGACCUCAUGACGAUGCUGCUUCAUCCACUUCUAAAACAUCUUCGUCUCAAGCUCAACACCCGUCACCUACUACUGCUUUGUUCUCCGAUGCGACUUCAACCGCAGAGAAUCAGCCUGCUUCCCUCGAACCGCAUCACUACGGACCCUUAUUUACGGCCUCCAAAACGAGCCUAUCUUACCCUUCGUCCCUGCUGUCUUUCCACGCUCGACACAUCCCAUCCAUCACCAUUGAGGCGUACCUUUUGCGUAUCCUCAAGUACUGUCCAACCACUAAUGAGGUCUUCCUCGGUCUCUUGGUCUACUUUGAUCGAAUGAGCAGGUUAGGCACCCCAGGAGGCGUAGGGGGCGAAUCCGCGGGAGCUAGAAGGGGAAUAGGAAGAGGAUUCGCCAUUGACAGUUACAAUAUUCACCGAUUGGUCAUUGCCGGCGUCACAGUGGCCAGCAAGUUCUUCUCGGAUGUCUUCUAUACAAACUCGCGAUACGCUAAAGUCGGAGGUCUACCACCACACGAGUUGAAUCAAUUAGAACUUCAGUUCCUCCUCCUUAACGAUUUUAGACUCGUCAUACCGAUCGAAGAAAUGCAACGGUACGGUGACCGACUCUUGGGGUAUUGGGAAGGGAGAGAAGCCGAAAUUGGAGUAGACAGUGUGGACCACAGUCCGAAGGAGACAAAGGUCAAGACGCCAGCCAGCGAAAGCAAGACCACACACACGGAGAGCACUACCUCAACGGCAGCGUCGACUGCCGCGGAGGCAGUAGUCAAGACUGAAGAUGCUGCCCCUUCUUCCUCUACACAGUCACAGGACGAUAUCAAGAUGGAAAUUGACCCAGCUUCGUCGUCCUCGUCGUCAGAUCCAACCGAUCAAAGCUCGUCAAAAGUGGGAGCUUCAUCGGUUCAAGCAGACUCAUCUGUGGCUUCGACAGCUGGAGCUACGACAACCGCUUCAGCCUCCGCAACCUCUUCGACUCCUCGAGAUUCAAGUACACCAGCUUCUCGUCCGAGGGAACGAGAAAGAUUGGUCAAUUUCGCACCUGUACCCAGUGCAUCUACCACGACGACGGCCACACAACCAAUCACUGCACCGGCCGAGUCUCAUGGGUUAUCAUCAGGUGUUCCUGAAUGGGUCAGGACAGGUGGAGACGACGCCAUGGGAGGAGUGAUGGGCAGCGGACGCAUGACGAGCCCAAUGAGGGAGUGA